CAGACCAGAAACAUCGGAAGGCACAAGCUGCAGCCUGGGAGACGGACAGCUUUGCAAAAAAGCAAUCCCCGAUCGGGCAGACGCCGCCAGCGGGAGGAAAACAGCACCAUGGCUGAUGGUCAUGAACCAUACAUUGAAAUAUGUGAGCAGCCUAGACAGAGAGGGAUGCGUUUCCGGUACAAAUGUGAGGGGAGAUCAGCAGGCAGCAUUCCAGGAGAACACAGCAGCGAUAUGAAUCGGACUUUCCCGGCUCUGCAGGUGUUCAACUACUUCGGGAAAAUAAAAAUCAGAAUAACAUUGGUGACCAAGAACGAGCCAUACAGACCUCACCCCCAUCGGCUGGUUGGAAAAGACUGCGAAAAUGGUUUCUAUGAAGCUGAAUUUGGGCCAGAGCGCAGGGUUCUGAUUUUUCAGAAUUUGGGCAUACAGUGCGUGAAGAAGAGAGAGCUCAAGGAAUCUAUCAUCUCCCGGAUCGCAAAGCAAAUCAACCCCUUCAGUGUAUCUGAAGAGGAUCUGAUGGCCAUCGAAGAGUACAACCUCAACGUGGUGAGGCUCUGCUUCCAAGCUUUCCUCCCUGACGAACAUGGCAACUGCACGCUACCCCUUGCCCCAGUCAUCUCCAACCCUAUUUAUGACAACCGGGCUCCCAAUUCAGCAGAACUGAGAAUCUGUCGUGUGAACAAAAAUUGCGGAAGUGUGAAAGGAGGAGACGAAAUCUUCCUACUGUGCGACAAAGUUCAGAAAGAUGACAUCGAAGUCAGAUUCGUCAUGGACGAAUGGGAAGCCAAGGGGAUUUUCUCACAAGCCGACGUGCACCGGCAAGUUGCCAUUGUCUUCAGGACGCCUCCCUUUUACAAAGACAUCGGGGAGCCCGUGACUGUGAAGAUGCAGUUGCGCAGGCCUUCGGAUCAAGAGGUCAGCGACCCCAUGGACUUCAGAUACCUGCCGGAGGAGAAAGAUCCUUACGGUCAUAAGGCAAAAAAACAGAGAUCACCAAUUGCUUUGCAGAAGCUAAUGCAAGACUGUGGUCCAUACGAGAAGCCUAAACCUUCUCUGUUCCAGAAUACUGCUGGUGAAGGAAAGAUAAUUAAGAAAGAACUGAAUAUGUAUCACUCUCCAGGGGGUGUCCUCCUCCCGCCGCAGAGAACACCUGCGCAGACCUUUCCAAUGCAGUCCUAUUAUUCCCCUCCGAUGAGCAACCACAGUUCCAAUGGAUGCCCUGACCCGUGUCUGCAGAUGGCAGGGCCCAUUAAGCAGGACGGAGCUCCUCUGCCAUGCUGGCGUUCCUCCAGUUCAUCUCUCAGCUCUUUCCUGCAGCAAGGCAACUUUUCAGGAGAAGCGCCGCACACCAGCCUGCAGAACGGUGGCUCUCCGUCACUGGGACAGGAAAGCAGCCUGCACUGGGCCAACGGAAAGGAUGGGAACCUCUACAGAGCGUUCUUUGGAGCCGCGGAUGGCCAAGCGUCAUCAGCGUCAUCCAUGUAUCAGCAAGACAUGUUGAGUGUCUCCAGCGCUGCCGGCAGCCAGCCUCUUCGCCCUGUAAACGUUGCAACGCCCAACGGCAACGGCAUGGAGAUGGAUGAUGCCCGGUGCUCAAGUAUAAUGUUGGAGAAGGCAUCCUUCACCCAAGUUUUGAAUCCAGGUGAUCACAAGAGGCAAGUCCAGCCAGCACCGCAUCCUGGCAUGUCAGUAGCAGUUUCAGGUAGCUCAUCUUCGAGUUCCGUCUCCAGCGCCUUUGAGACGAUGCCCUUCGCUUACCUGGAUAGCCUCAGUGAAUCGAGACCGCCUAGCAACCUUGCCGUGCAGAAUCCAAUGAAUUUAUCCAAUAACCAGUACUUUCCAUACAGCACCCAAGACGAAGAGUUCCUUAACUCUUUUGGGGGCAAUUUUGAUGCCAUUAUUUAAAGCUUUGAAUAGCGAUUAGGUCGAGUUGUUGCUCCAGUAGACAGGCAAUGGUUUCUUUCAACAAGAUAAUUAGAUUUUACAUGACUCUUGCGGGAAAGUAAUGUUCCUUUUCAAUGCACUAGUAUAUGCUGGAAUUUAAACAAUGCCACUGCAAUUUUAGGAUUAGUGAUGGAGGGGCAAUCAGGUGAGGUUUGAUAGGGUUUUUUGUUAUUAUUAUUUUUUUACUAUGCUUUGUACAAAGCACUCUGUGGUUAUAUUCUUGUGCUGCUGAAAAAAAAGUUGAUUGAGAGGGUUUAUUUAAUUUUUUAAAUUAUAUUUUGGUGCAUUUGUUGUAGCCAGACUUUUUGUUAAGCCAUGUUCAGCUGAACCAAUGAGUUCUGCAACUCCCAACCCCUUUUUUGUA